AAUACAUAGUGAUUCUUUUGAUGUAAAUAGAUAAGAUAGAUUGCAACUGCAACAAACGCUUCCCAUCGUCAUGGCUGCAACUGUUUCACUCUCCUUCCCCUUAGACCCUCAAAAUCUCCACCACCGCUUUGUCCCCGCCACCACUCUCUCCAAAGCGCGUCACUUGAUUUUCUCAACUCCCCCCCACAAAUACCCACUUCCCAAUUUCCACAAAUACCCCUCUCCUUCCUUCAAAAUCUCAUCUUCGCAUUCCCAUUCUUCGGCGACGCUCGACGACCCGUUUCGCACGGGUCGGUUCCUGAGCGACGAGGAGCUCCAGAAGCUCAAGUCCCUCGAGAGCUUCGUGUAUUACCAGGAACUGAAAUCUGGGUCGAUGUGGGUUCGGGUUAUGAGGGACCAUGAGAUGGACCUCACCGUGCGGUUACUCGCAGAGUCGUUUGCUGAGUCGAUGCUGUUGCCGAAAGGCUACGUGAACUUGUUGGGGUUUCUGGUGAAGCAGUACUUGAUUGAACGAAGAACGCUAAUGCCCCACAUGGCCACGCUUAUUGGGUUUUACAGGGGAGUGGUAAAUGGUGAUGGUGAAGAACAAGAAGAAGAAGAACCACAAGUGCAGUUAGCAGGGACUGUUGAGGUUUGUUUUGACAAAAUGGGUGCCAAUGCUUCUCUUCCAUCACCUACACCUCCCAAGGAUUCCCCUUACAUUUGUAACAUGGCUGUGCAAAAGUCUCUCAGGAGGAGGGGCAUUGGCUGGCAUCUUCUAAAGGCAAGUGAGGAACUAAUUUCUCAGAUGAAUUCUUCAAGAGAGGUUUACUUACACUGCAGAAUAAUUGAUGCAGCUCCACUUAACAUGUAUACAAAAGCAGAUUACAAAAUUGUGAAGACAGAUAGUAUUUUAGUCCUGCUGAUGUUGCAGAGACGCAAGCACUUGAUGUGCAAGAAACUUCCUCUCUUAAGUAUGCCUUCAGACACAAAUCUGUCUGGUUCUGAUGAGUAAAAGACAACAUGAAUUUGUAUAAGGGUUGCGAAAUAUUUUGUUAAGUUUCAGCAAUGGUAGCAAAGAUGAUCAUGGUGGUUUUAAGUUUGACUGGAGAAUGGAGAGUUGUUUCAGGCAUCCUUAUUUGUUUCUCUUUUCUGUAGGGCAGAGACAAGUUGUGAUACAGGUACUCCUGUCAUGUGAGCAGAAAGGGGUGAGAGCAGCACAAGGGUGGGAGUGGGGUUGAAAAGGGAAAUGGAAAUGCUCCUUCAGUUUGUCCACAGUGGAUUGAGUUCCUCAUCUCUUAUAAGAUCAUCCAUAUCAGUUAUGCUUUGUACAAGAUCAUGCAAAAUACUUCGUGGUCAUAUAUUAAUCUGCUUGGUGUCUAAACAUUGGAAGAACUUCCGAAUAGAGCUGACCUUUUUAUUGUCAAUAAGAAAUCAUCAUGAUUCGGUGUCU